AUGAUAGUUAAUAUUAAUUAAUUGAUUUUGGAAAUUCAGAGUAUAAUCAAGCUAAAUAAUUUAUAAUAGAUAGUCCAAGAUUAAAUAAACAAAGUUUUUUAAUACACAUAUUAAUAUAUAAUUACAUACACACAAAUAAAUAAAUAAAUAAAGCAAGCAAGCAAGCCAAGCUAAAUAUAGAAGAUUUAUAAAUACUUCAAGUAUCAAAAUAAGACUUGGCAAGCUUAAAGUUUCACAAAAGCUAUAAAUUAUAUCAAACUUAGAUAGUUAGCGUAAAUUCGAAGAAGGAAGGAAGGAAGGUAGGUAGGUAGGGCAAUUAACAAAAUGAAAUAAAAGAGCAAUCUGAAAAGUAGCCUUUCAUAAUGUUUAGAAAAGGUUUCCAAAUUUUGCAAAAAGCAGUCUAAGCGGCUUAGCUUUGUAUAUUUAUUGCUAAUAGUUGUUAAUAUAAUGUAGUAUUUUUAUGCCCGCUCAGUCUUUAAUAUGAUACAAGAUAAUUCUAAACAGGAAGUUGUCAAUAAUGAUUCCAAUUCUUAAAAAAACUCUGAUCAGUAUUCAUAAAAUUGCGUUUCUUCUAUUGGGUAAUAAAAAAUAAAUAGUUCUUAAUUUCCAGGGACUUGCAUUAAAUCAGACAAUAUACAAGGAUUCUCAGUGCUGUGCUUAUUGUUUCUUAUUGAUGGAGCAUUUAAUUUGUUUAAUUUAAUCAUUUAACAGUGCUAAGUAAAAUAGAGCAUCAUACAAUUUUUAAAUAGAUAUCACUAAAAGAUCAUUUACAAUAUCAUAGAAAACUCUUUACAGUUUGUAAUAAUUUAUUAUGGCGAUGAUAAGAUUUUGCUGUUGAGCUGUACUAUUUUAUUUGUGAAGAAUAUUCUAACGCUUUAAUAUAACUUAAGGAACGAAAGAAUCUUAUAGUUUAUUAUCAUCUUAUUAGGAAGUAUUUUAAAUAUGCAAUUUAGAUCGUGGAGUGUAUACGUUUAAGUGUCAUUAAUAUUGACUAUUAUAGAGACUUUUGUUUCUUUUAAUAUUUCUUUUAAAUAUUAUGGUAAUAUUAAUCUAUAGUGUAAUGAUGACUGCUCAAUAAGAAUGCAAGGAAUGUACUGCUUGAAGCAUAAUUAGCACAAAUUUAAUAGUAAAGAAGAAGAUAAUAAUACAUAUAAUGCCCAUAGAUCAAGCAAAAUAUUAAGCUAUGAUAAGCAAAGGAACCCAUCUUCCAAAAAGAGAAUUGAUCAUUUUGAAUAGAAUUCUAAUGUUGGGAAAAGCAAUAUUGAUGAUAACAAUGAUAACAAUGAGAGAAUCAAUUCUAAAAGAACAUCUAAAAAUCCCUUUUUAAUGCAGUUAAGCAAGAAUUUUUCAUAAAAAGCAGAUAAGAGAGAGAGUAAUUAAACUUUAUAAAAUCAAAAUAAAUAAAUUAAAAAGAAGAGCAGUUUAGAAAAUAUGGUAAGCAAGACUAAACCAAACAAAAAGGUCUUCGAUAAAGAAGUAGAAGUUCUUGAUAACACACACUAAUAUUCUCAUGUAGCUAUUAACAGAGGCGAUCAGUCAAAUAGUUUUUCUUCCAUAUAUGAUAAAAAUUGUAAGAAUAAAAAUGCAUUUAUGAGAUACAGAACAACUUCACCAGGAUUGAAAAAUGAUGGAACAAUCAGUAUAGACUAAUCUAAAAGUAAAUAGGUUUUCGUCAGCAGUGCUGGACAAAUCCCUAGUGCCGUUACUCAUACAAUUUACAGUGGUUAAUCUCUACCUAAAUCUCAUAAAAAUAUAGGGAAAAAACCACUGCUUAAUCUGAGUGAAAUUAAAGGUUUAAAAUUUAGUGAGAAGUUUAAAUAAUUUAAUAAGAAAAUACCUUCAAAAAAGCUACUUUCUAACCUAGGCUAAAACUUAAACAGUAGAAUAAAGUUAGAUUAAGAUGACAUAAAUAGUUAAAAUGGGAAAAGAAAUAUCAUAUAUCCAAACCAAUCCAUAUAAUUAAAAUCGAAAAAUUAGUAGUCAUUGAAGGAAAUAGACUCAUAAAGUAUACUCUCUCCAAAAAAUAAUGUUGGAAUUCUCUAAGAAGAUUUAAAAAAUUAAUUUUCAACAAAAAAUUUACAAAACUCUUCAAGCAGGUUGCUAUAUCAUCAGCUAAACGAGCUAAAUAAUAAUCCGUACUUAAUGAACAAUGUUAACAAUUAAGAACAAAAAAAUUUUAAUUAUGCAAGUCAGGGCCUGAUUGGUGAACGUUAAAACUAAAAUAAUGCUCAAUCAAGCAAACGAAAUUUACAAGAUUAAUUUUAACCCAAGCAGAUAGAAUCAGAAGAUACAGAAUCUAUGUUUAACUAUAAUAAUGGAGGGAGUGGAUAUUUAAAGGAGUUUUAUGGGAUGUUCUUUUAGAUACUCUCGGAAGGCAUCAUUUUGUUUAACUUCGAAAAUGGUGAUAUUAAUAUCAAUUACACUUUAAAGAGAUUGCUAAAUUGCCAUAAUGAUAAAGAAUGUGUAGAAAUACUCUUUUCUCUUAAAAACGCAUCUCUUUAGCCUUUAAAUCACUCCACAGAGGGGCCUAAAAGUUAGAAUUUGAAUGAUGACGGAGUUGGAUAGAACUCAAACAACCCUGAAAUAAAUCACUUUAACUCGAGUUUUAUGAACAUUAAUUCAUACAUGUAUGAUAAUAGCUUAUUCACAGCGUCAAAAAAUAGAACAUAUGAGGAGUAAACAACUUCUAACAAUUAAAAAGUGCCAACUCAAAAGUCUUAAAAAUCAAUAAAUAUACACUCAAACUACACUUAUCAAAAUUAAAUAACAAAUUCUAAUAAUUUGAAUGAUGAUGUUCUAUCUUAAAUUAAGAGGAGACAUUCUACAUCAUCUUAUCACAAAACUAAUACACUCAUGUCAAGAAAAACAACAAGAUUUUAAUAUAAGAAAGAUGAAGAUGAGCUGAAUAGCAGUGCCGAGGUAGAGAAUUCUCCUGUGUAAUAGUAAACCAAAAUAAAAGUAAAUAGUGGAAUUUUUUCAAGCAAUAUAAAUGGCUUCCAACUUUAAUUAGAUGGACCUUUAAAUGGCAGCACUCUAUAAAAUAAUAUGGGAAUCAGAGAUGUAGAAGUUCCUUAAAAAAAUACAGUGAAGUUGAACAAUAAAACAAAUCAAGCAUAAAAGCAGCCUGACUCUGGACUAUAAAUCGAUGAAAGCUUGAACCAAGAAUACAUAGGAAGCAAUAAUAUGUUUGAUAGAUAACAAUUGUAACAGCAGUUUUAAUAGAUCUACUAAUCAAACUAUUAAAAUGAUUAUUAAAUAGAAAGAGAUGAAGACGAUUUUAAGCUUAAAAGAAAAGAAAUACCAGGAUCUGGAAUGACAGCUACAGCUUCACCUUAACUAUAAUAGCAACAAACAUAUCAUCACACACAAACCCACUCACAUAACUCAAAAUAAAAUUCUAAUCAGCCAUUUUAAAAAAUUAUAUAUUCAGUUGCUAAAGAAUUUACAGUAAAGGACUAACUUGAAAAGAUAGAAGAGGAUAUGCAUGAUUAUACAAAUGAGAGUAAUUAUGAAAUGCUAGGUCAUCACAUAAAAAUGUUGUGUAAACUAGACUGUAAAAAUUUGAAUCAAAAUAAAUAAAAUCAUUAUGAAACUUAAGCUACAACAAAUAAUCCAUAAAAUAUGAAUACACCAAUAUAAAAUAUGAAUUAACAGCCAAACUAUUACCACUCUAGCGUUUCAUAUAACCAAAUAAGCAGUUUGAAUCCAUUUUAGCAUUAAAACAGCGCCUUUAUAGAUGGGCUUAAAAAUAGGAAAACUUCUCGUUUUUCGAAUCUAUCUGCUUUAAAUCCCUUCUAAUAAUAAUCCACUGUUUAAUUUAUCUAAUAAUAAAUGUAGCAGAUUUAGACAUAAAAUUAAAAUAAAAAUGAUGAUAAAAAAAUAAUAGAAAUCACCUUCAUUCCUUGUUAUGUAAAUAAAUAGAAGUGCUUGGUUUUAGUUGUAAAGGAUGUUUCUCAUUUUAAUUCAAUUAAAGUUCUCAAAGAAAUGAACGAAAACAGAUCAAAAAUGUUGAAUUAUGUUGUGCAUGAAAUUAGAUCCCCACUUUCAAGCAUUAUGAAUUACUUGCAUAGCUCAAUAGAGUCUCUUACUAAAGAACUGUAUGACUAAUUUAUUGAUCCAGCGCUUUCGAGUGCUCAAAUGCUUAAUGUUUUAAUUUAAGAUCUCUUAGAUAUGGCAUAAAUGAAAGCAGGUAAGUAUCGUCUCAAUAUAAGACCAUUUAAAAUUGAAAAUCUUAUUGAAGAUGUUAAAAAGACAAUGAGAGUUAUAGUAAAAUAGAAAUCACAAGACAUUAAUUUGGAAUCCUACAUAGAUCCUUUAAUAACAAGUGAUAUUUCAUCAGAUCAGCUAAGAAUCAAAUAAAUCUUAAUAAAUCUAAUAAGUAAUGCAGUUAAAUUCACUGAUGAAGGUAGUAUUAGAAUCGAGGUUAACAUGAUAGAAAACAAGAUUUAUAGAUUCAGUGUUAGAGAUACAGGGAUUGGAAUUACUGAUGAUUAAAAGAAAAAAUUAUUUAGUGAGUUUUCAAAAAUUGAAACUACACAGACUGAUAUACUAAACCCAAAAGGUGUGGGACUAGGAUUGGUGAUAAGCAAUAUUUUAGCAAAGAGUUUAGCUCCAAAGCAUAUGCCAGCAGGGUUGGAAAUAAUAUCUGGCAAAUCGAAGGGCUCUGAGUUCUUUUUUCAUAUUUUAGAUUUUUCAACACAAAAUAAUAACAACAAUAAUAACACUAUUUUGAAUAAUUAAUCUAGUAUAGUUCCUUCUGACUAAAAUAUUUUACUGACAAGAACUGCAAAAUUAAAUGGAUCUUAGUAGACUAAGCUAAAUAAUAUAAGCUUUGUCCAUACUAACACCAAUUCUAUUCCUAUUCAAUCUCAAAUGAGUCCAACAAAUAGAUAAAUCAUGAAAACAGAUACAUAAGUCAUUAACUCACUAUUUCCAUAUACCAAAGGAGGAAGCAGUGAUGCUGUGUUGGAUUAAGAAUUCUACCUGUAAGAAUAAGAUAACUUAAAUAGUAAUAAGAGAAACUUUAAUAACUAGUCCUCUUCCUCACCAUCUUCGAACUCCUCUUCAUCUCCCUCUUCGAGAAAAAACUCUGCUUCUGUACCUAUUGAUGAAGAAGACAUUGAUAUUAAUAUCCAAUACAUAUCUCCAAAAUUCAAAAAGAAUAGAGGUGAAUAAAAUGAAAAACCAAAUAUUCAAUAAUAAAUGAAUAUGCAAGUAAGAUUUCUCUCAUCUUCAGCUGUAGGAUCAGACUACGUUAAAAAUGCAGAAAUGUCAGGAUAAAAUAAUUCGCUCAACAAUAAUGUAAACUUUAAUAACAACAAUUACAGCUUCAUAUAAAAUAGCUUAUCUAGAGAUCCAAAUAAGCCUCAAUCUCUUAGUUAAUCGUAAUAAUAGCAAUAAAAUAUAUAAAAUAUGUAACUAUAAUAAGUAGCUUCUUCUUACUUUAAUUUCGAAGAUAAUAAUUAACAAGGAACAGCAAGUCUACCGAUGAACAGCGUACAAUCGUUAAGAUUUGGAUUUUAAUCCCUAUAGCAUAAUUCGCAACCUUCUUCAUCUUUACAAUAAGAUGGAUUGUUAAACAUCCCAGCUAAUUUUGAUCUAAAGAAUAAAUACAAGAAAAAAUGCAAUUGCUCGAAUAUACUAAUCGUUGAUGAUGAAACAUUUUAAUGUAAUUCUCUAUCACAGCUAAUACAUUCAAUUACUAAAUAGCAAUGUGAUAAAGCAACUAGCUGUGACUCUUGUUUAAAACAUAUAGUACAAAAGCAUUAAUAGAACUAGUGUUGCCCUUCUUACUAGCUCAUUUUAUUAGAUCUAAACAUGUUCCCUUCUAAAGAUGGCUUUGAGACUCUUAUAGAGAUAUAAAAAUACCACACAUAAGUAAGACUUUAAAUGCCUAAAGUAGUUGCUUGUACAGGUGAAGCAGAUGAAGAAAAAAAGUAAUAGUGUAUUAUUGCAGGUUUUAUAGAUAUUUUAGAGAAACCUAUUCAAGUUGAUCAACUAAAAUCUAUUUUGACUUCAUACUAUUUUUAGAAUUAAAUUUAGCAAUAUCCAUAACAAUUUAUUUUUCAGAACACAAUGUCUUAACUAUCAUUUAAUUAGCAACUAUAAGUCAUCAAUAUGUGA